AAUACGAGAUUAAUGUCUCAUGCUGACGUAAGCAAAAGUAAUAUCACAUAAACGAAUAGCGGCUAAAUGGUUUAGAGAUGAAGGGGCAAGCUGAUGUAAUGGUAUGAACAAGGUACCUGAUAGCUAAAGGUAAUAGAAAUCAUGCUUGCAGGUCAAUAUGAUACAUCACGUGACAUGCCCACAGUUUCCGUGGACAACCUGCAAAAUGACCCUCAGGUCCACAAGUGUCCGAAAAUGAACUAUUCGAGAAAUGAAUCGGCCAACAAAUCCGCAACUCUGGGGGAAAGAUGGGGCGUGGACGCUGGUACCGCGCCCGCCGAUUCAGCUUAUUAUAGUUCUUGAGUCAUUUUAAUUAGUAAGUUGGUUGUAACAAACGGUGAUGGUGGGAUAGAUGACAUGAACUUCCUUUUUAAUUUGCAAAUGGUCAUAAAUUAACUAAGCAAACUUGCCCAUUCCUUAAUUUAUUUGCCCAAAGGAAAAACAAAUUUCGCC